AUGUGUCGCUUUCUGUUGCAGGUGGAAGGUGCUAAAGGUGCUGCUGGAGCGCAGGGUGGUUGGUUCGAGUCCUCCCGCGAUAUCCCUGGAAAGUGGGUGUUCCUGAAAGAGGUGACCUUCAAGCACACAGUCCCCAAGAUGGAUCACUUGAUCUGCUUCCUUCCUGGUGCCUUAGCGCUUGAUGUCUUUCAUCACGCAGUCCGCCGACUCAACGUGACAGCAGUGCAACCGCAUCACCUGGACAGAGACCGUGCAGUGGAGCUGACAUUGGCCCACAAGCUGAUGCAGUCGUGUGUGCAGAUGUACUUUCGCACCGUGACGGACUUGGCUCCUGAGAUCACCCGAUUUAAUGGCCACGGCCUGGAGGAUGACCACGGCUCCAUGCACAACAUCCUGAGACCAGAAACUGUCGAGAGCCUUUUCGUCCUGUGGCGGACGACCAAGCUCCAGGUUUAUCGGAACUGGGGGCAGAGGUUACUUUCUGCUUUCUAUCGCCUCAAGACGAGCUACGGCUUCGCAAGUUUGCACAACGUCAACCAGCCAUCAUCCAAGCGGGAUGACAUGCCUUCCUUCUUUCUAGCCGAAACACUGAAGUACCUGUUCCUGCUCUUCUCCCCAGACUCCGUCCUCCCCUUGGAUCGCUUCGUUCUCAGCACGGAGGCUCAUCCCGUGCCGAUGAUGGGGGCCAUGUCCUCGCUGGGAGUGGAGUGGCCCUGCCAAGCUGGAGGCCUCCGGGCCCGGGCGGCCCAGGCGGCCCAGGCGGCCCAGGCGGCCCAGGCCCAGCAGCCGGAGCAGUCGCAAUCGCUUCCAAACGGACAGACGACGGAGGAGCUGCUCGAAGCCUUUCGGAUACUCUCGCAGUCCUUGCUUUCCCGCGCGGAUCAAAACGAUAGGCCCGUGGCAGCCCUUCACCAGCUUUCGGCUGAGGCUGCCACCAGCUCGGAUUUGGGCUUGGCAAAGGGCCAUGCCCCUCUUCCGCGUGAGAGGUGGCACGGGACCUCGGAUGCCAGCAGAACGGAGGAGACGGUCUUCCUGGACCUCCAGCUUUGCUUCAAUUCAUCUGUCGACCUCACUGCCAUUGAGUUCUACGCUGAAGAUGUGGUGCCACUGCGAAAUGGAGACUUCGGAUGGCGAAUUGUCCACCCCAUCCCGAGUAGUUCAAGCUCAGCGACGCAGUGGCUUUGCCGACAUUUUCCAGCGACCGCCCCGUGA